AUGUCCGGGCACGAGCCCAGCACUGCUGUCCGCCCGUCGCACACCCUGGGCCCGCUCGCAACAACCAUGCACACGGAACCGGAGCAAGGCCCGCUUGCCUUCUCGCAAGACUACGAGCAGCGCCUACGCCAGCUGGUCCAUAGCCCAGAUCAGUUGGCCAAGGCGGGCUACGUAGUUCACCAGCUCUCGCCACAGGAGCUGGCAAAGAAGAAGCGCUGCGUGUCCUGCUCCAAGGGUAACGGUGCUAUCCCCACUUCCUCAUGUCUCAGUCUUGACUGA